AUGAACAAACAGCACCUUCAAAAUCUCAUCUUCACUUUCACAAUCUCAAUCUUCUUAGUCGCACUCGUCUCGGCUCGGCUUUUUCCCGACGUCCCCUCCUUGAUCCCUCCCGGCAUCCCACCCGCCACCGCGUGGGACGCUUUCCGCAACUUCACAGGCUGUCACCAUGGCGAAAACUACAACGGCCUCUCCAAUUUAAAAAACUACUUCCACCGGUUUGGUUACAUUCCCCACGCGCCGCCGACGAAUUUCUCCGACAAUUUCGACGAUGACCUUGCAGCUGCUAUUAAAACUUAUCAGAAGAAUUUCAAUAUUAACAUAACUGGUGAACUCGAUGAGAAGACACUUCAUCAAAUUGUUUUGCCGCGAUGUGGCGUUGCGGAUAUCAUCAACGGUACAACCACUAUGAACCCCGGCACCGAAACAGAAACGACGUCGAACGGUGAUAGCAAUAGCAAGCCGCGGUUUCACACUGUGUCGCACUUCACUGUGUUCCCCGGUCAACCGAGGUGGCCUGCAGGAAAGCAGGAGCUGACUUACUCGUUCUACCCCGGUAACGAGCUUACGAAAACGGUGAAAAGCGUAUUCGCAACCGCGUUUGCGCGGUGGUCGGAGGUUGCAAGGCUGAAGUUCACUGAAACGGAGUUGUAUUAUAAUGCUGAUAUUAAGAUAGGAUUCUUCAGCGGCGACCAUGGAGACGGUGAACCGUUCGACGGAAUCUUAGGAACACUCGCGCAUGCUUUCUCUCCGACGAACGGGAGGUUUCACCUUGACGCUGCUGAGGACUGGGUGGUUUCCGGUGAUGUGUCUAAAUCGGCGUUACCAACGGCGGUUGACUUAGAAUCGGUGGCGGUGCAUGAAAUUGGGCACUUGUUAGGGUUAGGUCACUCUUCGGUGGAGGAGGCGAUUAUGUUUCCGACGAUAUCUUCACGGUCGAAGAAAGUGGUGCUAACGGAAGAUGAUGUAAAAGGAAUUCAAUAUAUCUAUGGAAGGAACCCGAGUUUCAAUGGCUCAACAACCAUGUCUUCGCCGGAGAAGAACUCCGGUAACGGUGGUUGCAGAGUCGCGUCUUUGUGGUCCCCGUCGAUACUUUUCCCUUUGUUGACAUUUGCGUUUUCGCAUUUGAUGUUCUAG